ACUGAGGAUCAGAGCUCCAGCUGCGACGCGGUCAGUCACAACCUGGCGGACACAACAACUCUGGAUCUAAACAUAAAUCUCUCCGGCUGCAGUUCAGCUAAGGAAACGUCUCGAAGCACAGCAGCCAAUCGGACGGGUUGUGACAGUCGUGUUUCUCUGCUGCAUGACAGGCUGUGGAGAGAUGGACCGCCCAGUGAACGUCCAGGCUCCUACCAAGCUCAUAGAGGAAGUGGGAGACACUUGUGCCCCUGACUCCUCCAACACCACCACCACCAACCCGGAGUGCUCCAUCUGCCUGCAGAGCUGCGUCCACCCUGUGCGCCUCCCCUGCUGCCACGUCUUCUGCUUCCUGUGUGUGAAAGGUGCGUCCUGGCACAGCAAGCGUUGUGCUCUCUGCCGACAGGAAGUGCCCGAGGACUUCCUGGAGCGGCCAGUUCUCCUCUCGCCUGAAGAACUGAAAGAGGCAGCUUCAGGGGUGAGCCGAAGUGGCGGCACAGGGGGCGGUUCCCGUGGAGACUCUGCAUGGUACUAUGAAGGGCGCAACGGCUGGUGGCAGUACGAUGAGAGGACCACCCGCGAGCUGGAGGAGGCCUUUUCCAGGGGCAAGAAGAGCACAGAGAUGCUGAUUGCAGGGUUUCUGUAUGUGGCCGACCUGGAGAACAUGGUGCAGUAUCGCCGCAAUGAGCACGGUCGCAGGCGCAAGAUAAAGCGGGACGCUGUAGAUAUCCCCAAGAAGGGUGUGGCAGGACUGAGGUUAGACCCUGAUCCUCCAGCCACCCCUGCUUCACCCAUUGUCCCGCCAGCUGCAAUAGAACGCGUCAGCUCGGCCGAUGGAUCAGACACUGCAGGACAAUCACAGCCUCCAUCCUUUGGCAUUUUGUCUCUCCCCCCUGUUAGACCUCCGACCCUCCUGGGGCGCCACCUCACAAGUCCUUUCUCUCCCUCACUCUCAGCCAUUGAAGACUCUCUCUCCCAGCUCCUAAUAAGCGAGCCAGAGGGGGAAGAGGUGGAAGGAGACGAUGAGCUCCAGACGUACGAGUAUGCAUCUGGCAACAGCGAGAGUGACGAAGAAACGGAGAGCGAGAGAGGGAGAGCAGCUUCGGUUCCACGGCGAAGACUUAGACAAAGGCCGCUAAGAGAGGACCAGCCAGCCAGAAUGCCUCCCCGGGGCGGACCCUCCAACUCCGCUCCCAGCCUCCGCUCACGUAGUCCCGAUGGACAGUGCACUGUGACAGAGGUGUGACUGCCACUGAACAAUGGCGUCUGUCCUCCGGAUAACAGACCUUAAACUAAUCAGUUCAGCAAAAAAAUCUAUUAUGCAUCUUUUAAAGGUCCUUUGGAAUGAAAAAUCCAUCAUUGUAGUAGUGUUUCUGUCAUUUGAGCUGUUUUCAGACAUCCGGGUAAAACCCAGAGAAUUGAUUACGGAGUUUACUCAGUUUGCCUUUCACACAUGUGCAACACAGACACGUUCACAACAGCAACAAAUCCACUAACUGCACAGUCCACAGUGCAUAUCUGAAACCUGUGGUUGUCUUUGUCAUGCUCCAAAAACAGUUACUCUAUUACAGCCAUUUCAUUGGACCUUUAACACAACAUUUCACUUUUUUGUUUAAGACUUCUAAAACUAGUUUUGGGCAGCACUCUGAUACAUGUAGAGAUAUCAGGCUUCCCUCUCUGCAACAGUCUUGUUAACAGGCUAAAAGGGCUGUGAGAAACUCUAUCACCUUUUUGACGGGUGUCAAAACAAACUACCACCCGUCACUGCGUUAAUGUCAGUGUGUGACAGCGCAAUACAACAAAACUAGUCCCUCUGUGUUCUCUGUGCUCCCCUUACCUCCUGUUUGAUUUUCUGUGUGGAGUGAUAAUAUAAGAGUUUCACUGUAGCACCGUAUGUACCACUUACAGAUGGUAGAACAGAUUUCCUGCUUUACUGAUUUUGGUUUAUUGAAGUAAUGAAGUUUUGAUUAGGAUCCAAUGAUUAACUAUUUAAAAUGGAAUGUGUGUGUGUAUGUGUGUGUGUUUGUCUUUGAGUUCUCUUACUUUUAGUGUACAAGUCUUGUUUGAAUAGUAACUUGUGUGUUUUCUGUUGGUGUGACUGGUGUUGGGUGCUCAAAGGCUACUGGCAGAACCACUGGAAAUAUUCAGCUCUAUAUAUGUAGAGGGACACAUUUGGAUCUCUAUGUCUACUCUCAAUAGGGCCACUAUCAACGCACUGACACUGACAUGUACUUUGGAAGAGCUCGAGCUGUCCUCGCAGGCUCUGUUUUCUUCUCCUUCUGCUCUAGCUGCUAUUAUUUUAACUGUGAACUCGUCAUAGUCGGUGUCUUACUGUCUGAAUGACCUUAAACGGUCUUCUGUCUGUGUGCUGUUGCCCCUGUGGUGUUUCUGUCAGCGUAUUAAAAGUGUUAUGAUUUGAAAACACAAA